AUGAAAGUUUGGCGCAGCACACGAACGGUAACUUGUUGGGACACGGAUCUCACCAUCACACCUUCCGCGCAGGGAAUUCGUCGCCGGUUUUAUGAAGAGACUUCCAGAUCAAGCAUUCGUUCGGGCGCGGAACGGAGCAUUCGGGGUGACUGUGGAGGUGCUGAUCCUCGCACUACUACGUGUUUUGCGUUCACGGACAGCUGCGUAGCCGCUGAGCCCGCGCGCUAUGGCGUACCUGUACGGUUUGCACGGGGCCUUCAAUCUACGCUAAGUUCUACCUGGUAUCAGUGGCACACACCCAUAAUCUGGCUAUUCUUGGCUUACUUCGUCAAAAUUUCGAGGGCAUGUAUGCGCGGACAUCCGCUUCGUCUGAAUCGCGCGAUCUCCCUCGACUUUCUCUCGAAGGGUCUACAGCGGGGUCUCCCCCAGCCGACACCUCAGCAACCGAAGGCUCUCUCGGAGUUACAAGAUCAAGCAACUCUUCCCUCGAACUCCUUUUCUUCCGAGGUUGAGCUCAAACCUCGUCAAUCCGGAAGACCCUUCAAGGGUGACCCGAUGGGUCUAUGUUGUUUUUGUUCCACUGGGUUGGUUAUGGUGCCACAGGGCUCAGGAAAAGGCCGCCAUCUGGCCGAGCGCAGUGAUACUACGCUACUCUGUUGGAGCACUGAACAUGUUGGAUAUGUAGUGCGCCAAACUGCCUUGCCGCAUGGAAUCUCUCGAUGCGCAGUGCUGUAUAAACGCUUUCGAUCGAAGUUGCGUUCUCUAUGGUUCUCUGGGUGCAUUUGGUGCACAUGUCGCCAACUCGCACAUUUAUCUGUCUAG